AGAAAGUCCAGUUUCUCCAGUGAGUCUCAGACAACAGUGGAGCGUGGGGAGGCAGCAUGGACAUGGACAGUAAACGGCUGGUGCUGGUAGUACCAAACGAAGCGUCAACGACCUCGGGCAGGGUGUUUAGCGGUGAUGAUGAGGUAUGGAGGGGCUACCUGGAGAACCCUCUGUCUGCUGCCACUAAGGCAAUGAUGAGCAUCAACGGAGACGAGGACAGCACAGCUGCUCUGGGACUGCUCUAUGACUACUACAAGGUUCCUAGGGAGAGGAGACUUGCAGCCAGUUGUGUAAAACCUGCAGACCCCUCUGCUCUUGGGCCCAAUAACUGUGGUAACUUGGAAAUACUAGAUCAGCGUCUUCAGGCUCUUAGAUGCAUGCCUGUCAACCUCUCUCUAAACAACAGCACCACUAUAGAACACCAGGGCUCCAAGUACGACUCUACUGGGCUUACAGGAGGCAUUACAGGAGGAGAUGGUAAAAGUGAAGGUGGGGUAUAUUUUGCUCUUGUCAAGACAGAGGGACAGAAGCCUAUGGGAGAGUCCUCCUGUGGAGGUUCCUAUCCAGCAGAGACCGGAGAGCAGAGAGAGAUGGUUUACAAACAGAGCUGCUAUGAUUUUUCCUCGUCUGGAUACUUGAAAGAUGAACAGAGAAGCACUCCAGAUAGCACAUAUGAGGAAGCUGUGGAAGGAGAGAUGUACCAGAGAAGUCCCUCAGGACCUGAUGAAUUCCACUGUAGUGGAUCUGGUGACAGUUUCCAGUACAGUCUCGAGGCCAGCAUGUCGCUGCGGCAGGGAGAGGGACCCAUGGCUUACCUGAAUCGGGGACAGUUCUAUGCUCUGACCCUGUCUGAGAUCGCCUUCAGUUCAACCCAACGCCAGCACAGAGGCAAAGUGCGGGUGAGUCGACCUUCACCCUCACAGGGGCCUGAUGGGAGCCCAUGCAGUAGUGAGCAAUGCACCAUGGGAGGCUCUGAGCAACAGUGGGACAGUAUUGUACAGAGUGUUAUCAUGGUUGUCUUUGGGGAAGACAAGUGCAGAGACGAUCAGCUGAAGAAUUGGAAAUACUGGCAUUCCCGUCAGCACACUGCCAAACAGAGGGUCCUGGACAUUGCUGACUACAUGGAGAGUUUCAGUACAAUUGGGAAUGUGGAGGAAAUUGCCUACAAUGCUGUCUCUUUCACAUGGGACGUCAGUGACGAAGCCAAGGUCUUUGUCUCUGUGAACUGUCUGAGCACAGACUUCUCCUCGCAGAAGGGCGUGAAGGGGAUGCCUCUGAUCAUCCAGAUCGACACCUACAGCUACAACAGCUGCAGCAGCAGACCCAUCCACAGGGCCUUCUCCGAGAUCAAGGUUUUCUGUGACAAGGGUGCUGAGAGGAAGCUUCGUGAUGAGGAGAAGAAACAUCUGAGAAAGAGGGUGAAAGGGAAAAAUGGCAGCUCGGGGCCAACCUCUAACAUUAAGAGGACUGACUGCACACUAUUCAAAGCUAUGACCGACCUGGAGGCCCAGCCUGUCCUCUUCAUUCCUGACCUCCACUUUGGAAACCUGCAAAGAGCAGGGCAGGUAUUUGCUUUUAACACAGAGGAGGUUGACAGAGAUGGGAGUGUUGUGGUGAAGAGGAUUUCCUGUGUUGCUGAGGAGGCCGUCUGUCCCCCUAAGAAGUGCAGAGUAGACCAUGGAAGGAAAGUCCUCCUGUAUGUGAGGAAGGAGUGUGAUGAAGUGUUUGAUGCCUUAAUGCUGCACACCCCAACCCUCAAUGCACUGAUUGAGGCAAUUUCAGAGAAAUAUGCACUGCCUGUUGACAAGAGGGCCAAAGUUUACCAAAAAAGCAAGAAAGGGGUCCUAGUGAACAUGGAUGACAACAUCAUCCAACAUUAUUCCAACGAGGACACCUUUACCCUGGCCAUCGAAAGCUCAGCAGACUCUUUGCGGGUGACUCUGUCUGAGAUCUGACGGUUGCUUGUCACAGCUCUGUACUCAUCAGUCAGAAAGAGGGUAUCAGUGUUCGGUGAAGCCAUGCCAUGUGUAAUAAUUGUGAAUAGUGAUAAAAGUGUUAGAUGACAGCGCUGUCAUCAUGGUAACAAACGUUUCUGCACUCUUCACCUGCUGGAGUGCGUGUCGACAACCUGCAGUAAAAAGACAGGUUGACUAUUAAAAACUCAUGGAUCUGUUUUUAGGUGGGAAGAAUCUUUUGAUCUUUCCUUUACACGUGUUCACUAUCUACACUUCCUGACACUUCUUGUCGGUCUGUGACUGAGAUGAGAUCACCAUAAAUCAUCCAUCCAGCCAAUUUGCUGUAGUUUCACAGGAAGAGGACAGUUGUUUUUAAAUUAACAACAGGGAGCUUUUUAAUGACUUGACCCAAGCAGGUUUAUUAUUUGCUGAAAGUCAGCUGUUUAAGGUAACAGCUUAUUGUUUUAUAUGUUCAUAAUUAUUUCUCAACUUGUCCUGAAAGUGAAAUAUAAUCUUUAUUGGUUGUCCGUCUUUCUAAUAAUCCUUUUUUUAUUCUUAUAUAUGUUGAUUAGUUUUCUUUCCAUUUGCUGCCAGUGAAAAGAGGGUUUUCCCAGGUUGUGAUUACAUGCUGAUCUCUCACAGUCCUUAAAUUACAUCAGGUAUCAUAAGGGAACGAGGUUGUAGGAUGCUGUAAAAUUGUUUAAAUCCCACUGUGUGUUAUGUUCAUUGCUUUUUCUCUCACCGAAGAGGGUGCACACAUGUUUAUGAGAUCUUGUAGCUAUACACAACCUUGUCCAAGACGACUGUGAGACAUCAGAGCUUCAGUCUUAAUGGCUCUGUCCCUGUUUCCAUCUGAUCCACCCACAGUUUUUCCAUCCUCCACAUGCGUCAUGCACUGUCUUGUAUUUUAUAUGAACCAAUAAAUAGUUUUAUAUGUCAA